AUGCUUAACCGUGCACCACCACCACAGCCACCGAUACCACCAAGUACAUAUACAUUCAGUCGUUUCCAACCAUUUAUUGACAAUUGUCAGUGUUGUCACGUUGACACUAAACCACCACCUACCACCCACGUACAUAUUCCUUCACCUUCAGUUACAUUCGACCAGGAGCCACAACAGAUCCGAACACGAACAUUCACUUCCAACACACAUCCGCAACAUGAUUGGGAGCAACAGAAACGUAUGUUUCUACCGCAGCGAACACAACCGUGGGAGCAAGCAUACCAGCAUCAACCUCAACGUAGAAAACCGGUAGUUCGGUACGAUUUUCUCAUGUAUAGAGGUAUUCCAACGCAUUGCCUCAGUUUAAUCUCAUUUAUGAAUAAGCGUAUGUGUCGUUUUCCUGUUAGUAUAUUUAUGGUCUCUCUAUCGUUAGUAAACAUCAUCAUACUGGGUGGUCCAGUUAUAAUGCAAUGGUUAAACCAUCGAUUAUUAAUUGGCUUUGUGGUAACGGAUAGGCGUUUUGUAUGUGGUCUACAUGUUUACAUCGAUAUUGUUGGCUCAUCUAUUAAUUCAUGGCUGAUAUUAGUUAUAGCAGUUGAACAUUAUCUAUCAGUAGUAAAACCCUUGUUAAUACGCAAACGCUUUAAGCGUGAACAUGCUUAUAUCAUUAUUUUCAUAAUUGUACUUCUAGCUGCACUUGUACCCAUCAUCUUUCUUAUAAUUGGCUAUCAUAUACCAAAAUGUUUAUUAGUCUAUCCUCGAACCUAUCAAAUAAUUGGCUCGAUUGAAAUAUGUAUUGUUUAUGUAAUACCAUCAAUGUUGAUUUUUAUAUUCAGUGUAAUUACUAUCCAUAAAUUACGUUAUCGUUUAAAAAAUCAUUUAGGAAGACGAAUUCGUAUAAGUAUUCUAUUAAUAAUAGUAUCGUUAUCAUUUACGGCCUUUACGCUGCCAUUUCAAAUUCAUUGGUUUAUCUCAAUUGUACAAAGAUCCAUGCGAACAAAUUUUCGUUUAAAUCUUUUUAAUAUCUCAUUUCGAUAUUUAACGUUAACAAUACGAAAUUGA